AUGGUGAUUCCACGAAUACACCUGAGUAUACGAUAUAUCCUAUCUGAAUUGGAGGAAAUAGAAAGGGAAGAUAAUUUUAGAUUGAAGAGAUUUAAAGAAUUAAAAUCGAAAAAGGUUAAAAAGUAUUUAAAUUUGAAGGACGGUACAUAUAAGCAUGAAGAAAGAUUGGCGUCAAUACACGACGAAAUAGUGGGAGAUUAUUGUUGCUGUCUUUCUUAUGAUGACUUAAGAAAAGUGUAUAAAAAAAAUUUGAGCGAUGAAAAAAUAUGUCAAGCUUCCAAUAAGACCUCAUAUCAAUAUGAGGACGAUAUUAUUUUACAAACAGAAAAAUUAAUUAAUAUACCCAAACAGAAUGAGAAUGAUUUAUUUUGCGAAGAUAAUUUUUUAUCUACGUGCUUAGACCUUAAGACUAUUUUAGAAAACAUUCUCAAGAAUAGUGUUUGUGUUAAAUGUAAAAAAAAUAUAAAAAUGUCUAGUAAAUUAUCCGUUUCUGGUAGCAUACUAAAUAUUAAUUCGGAAACUGGGGGAAAAUUAGGAUAUUAUGAAAGGAAGUAUGAAGAGAUAAUAAAAGUGCUACGAUUACAGAAGGAAGAUGGACUAAUUAGCCAAGAGAAACAAAUAAUAACUGUAAAAACAGACAAAAGAAACCCAAUAAGAUCACAGGUUUUUGAUCAUAAUAAUAAAGGUAAUAAUAAAAUUUUAAAUAGCUGUCAAAAUAGAGAUGAUGAUAAGUUGAAUAAAAAAGGUGCAUACAAAUGUAAUUGUGAGAAUCAUGACAAAAAUUUCAUAAAUAAUAAUAAUACUUAUUGUGGACUUGGAAAUACUAAAUCAGAACCAGUGUGUGGCACACAAAAGUGGAAUGAGCCUCAACUAUGGCCCUGUAAUUCUGCUGCUAAUAUUAAAACAACUGUGGUGUUAGAAGAAGCUUCAUCUACCUUCCCCGGCGAUGUCACACUUAACUUAAUAUUCAAAAACGAAAGUUGCGAGAAAAUACGGGAUAUCAACGUAACGAAACUACCUCACACUUCAUCGAUAAAAAUCCAUAUCUGUAAUUUGCCAAAAAGACAUGUUUUUAAAGAAUCACAAAAUGAUAUUACCUCAUUUAAUGGUUUAAGCCUGACACGCCAGGAAAUGCUAAAUAAAGCAUCAUGUAAAAUAUCAAGUCAAGUUGUGAAAGCAGGAAAAGAUGUGGAUACAUAUACAUCUGAUAUUCUGAAAACAUCGCAAAUGAUCAAUCAUAGUAGUCAAGCUUUGAAUCAAGAAGAGUAUAUGAGAUAUGCAAGAGUAUACACAAAAUUUAAGGAUGACUGUACAUAUGUUGAGGGUUUGCCUCACAUAUGUAACAAAAUAAUGACAUUACAUAAUAGAAAACGUUCUGACAAAGACAGAGCUCAAAGCAAUUGUAUACACAAAAAAUUUCCGUACAUUUUUAGUAAAGUCAAAAAGAAAAGUUAUAGAAAAGCCUUAAAUACAGAAGAAUGUAGUGAAGUAAGAGAUACCGAUGGCCUUGUAAACAAAAGCUUCACUAAAGUAACUCCGUUUUCUUACAUAUUUAGUAGUUUAAGAAGUAAUACUAUUGACGAUAUGCUGAACCACGCCUGCUCAUAUACUCCUCGAUUUUCAUACGUUCUUAGCAAAGCGAGAGAAAAGAGUUUUUCGACUAAUGAUAAAUCUCGAGAGAUCGACGCUAUGUUUAAUGAUGCUUGUAAACGUACUUUCAAUUUUACUUAUAUUUUCAGUCACUUGAAAGAUGUUGAAAUAGAUAGAAAGUUUAAAAGAUCUUGUAUGCAUAAAGAAAACUUCCCUUACAUAUUUAGUCGUGUGAAAGACAAAACAAAUAAUCAAUUUGGUAUAGUCAAUCGAUAUAAAGCAGAUGAAAUUGAGACUUUGUUUAAAAAUGCUUGUAAGCGUCCUUCUGAUUUUCCUUAUAUAAUAAACCAUUUAAAUAGGAUUGCAAUUGAUGGCAUGAUUAGGAAAGCAUGUUCUUACACACCUGAUUAUCCAUACAUUUUUAGCAAAGUUAGCAGUGUAAAAUCCACUAAAGACUUAUAUGAAAACAAUAUUUCGUACUCAAUUGAAAUGGACGGAAUAUUUAAUGGUGCUAAAACGAAUGGUUUUGAUAAUGAAACUGUGCACAAAGAUAAAAAAUUGGAACGUAACAAGCAAGAAAACACCAUUUCACCCUUAAAAUCAAUUAAUAAUAUUGAAACCGAAACUGUGAUUAAGGAUGCAUGGGUAAGCGAAAAUGACUUUAAUUAUUUAUUUGACAAAAGAGAACACAAUUACUUAACAGAAUUAUCAGAUCGAGGAAAUAAUUUAGGACUUAAUGAAAUAAAGCAAUUGUUCAAAGAUUCUUGUAAACGGGAUACCAAAACAAAAUGCGAAUUUAACUAUAUCUUUCAAAAUGUGUUUAAAGAUAAAAAUAGACAAUAUAAGAAAUGUGAUAGUAAAUCUGAAAAAGAAGCGAAAGCAAAAAAUCAUAGUACCGUGAAUUGUACGAAUUUCAUGAAAGAGGAAGUACAUUCUCAAAAUGUUAGUUCGGAACCUGAUUGCUCUUAUACAUCAAACAGAACACCUAACAAAUUACUGUUAGAAAUUCCAAGUUCUAAAAGUAGUAGAGACCACAUAGGGAUCGAAAUUAUGUGGAAAACAGGCUGCUUAUGCGGCAACAAUCUUACAUCAAAAAGCUUAGUUAUCAUAAAGUCUCAACGGUCUUCAACAAAUUACAUAGCAAACAUAAAAAAGAAUGUAACUGGGACGAAAAGUUGGUGUUCAAAUAAAAUUAUUCCAAAAGAACAUAAUAGCAAAAUUUCUGCAAAAAAACAAAAGGAAGCGGUAAAUUUAUCUCUUAUUCACCGAAUGUUGGAUUCAAUUAAGAAUAUUUACGUGCCAUUUAAUAAACCGGUAAAUCCUGAAGUUAACAAGAAAUUUUCAGAUAUUUCUUCUGAUAAGUUAAACAGUUAUACGUCAAUUUCUACAAUAUCUAAUUAUUCUUGGAAAUCGAGUGUUAUGAAAAUGUGUCAAGCUGAUGUGGAAUGUGAAGAAAAUCAUAUAUCUUAUUCUGACAUUCUGAGUACCCCUUCCUUGGACUUACUAACUUGUAAAAGUAAAGCUGUUGGCUCAAAUUUAGAUUCUAUAGGAUCGUUAAACGAGAAUAUAUCAUCAUGUGAGAUUUUGAACACCUCCAUUGCUACGGAAACACAAAACAUAUCUGAUAUUGAAAUGAACUCAGAUACUUUGAUUAAAGAAACUGAUAAAAGGAAUUCCUCAAAUACUGCUUUUAAAUUUUGUAAGUAG